UCUAAAUUUUGGUUAGAUUUUUAAACCAUCAAUAAAAAGUAUAUUACAAAUGAAGAAAUUUGGAGAUGAAAAUACCAUCAAUAGGCUUAAUUUUCAAGAACAAAACAAAAAACACAAACAGUUACUCAAUGGGGUCUAAAAGUCAAAUGAUCACCAAACAUGACCUAAACUUUCAGUUUUGAUUUUAGUCCCUUAAAAAUAUAUAUAAAUCUAUAAAUUAAAACAAAUUCAUAUCUAGUAGAUUUCAAAAAUACUAUGUUUAAAAGUAACCGUUCUAUAAGACAAAAAAUAGAUUACGUCUAUUUGAACUUUAACUUUUUUAAAAAUUUUGCAGCUAAUUGAUACGUUGAUUUUAAAAAGAUGUCUAAUUAUACCUCUCAAGCACAAAAUUAAAUUUAAUGUCUAAUCAUAUUAGAUGAAAAUUGAUAUUUUAGGAAUCUAUAAAACAUAAAAAUAAAAUAUUUGAAGACUUAUUAGACAUCUUUUUAAAAUUUAGAAACUAUAUAUAAACACAAAACUAGAAGUUAAUGAGCUAAGUUUCUAAACUUAUAUAUAUCUGUCAUCCUCACCUGAAGUUCUAAAUUUCCCACUGACAACAUUACAUCAAGUUGUUGAUUCAAAUACUUGACUUUUGUAUCAAAGUUACAAAAGCUAUUAUGAUUUAACUGGUCUAAUUAUCAAUUAUUAGUCCAAUUAAAGCAAUCAUUUAAAAAAUAAUAUAAAGUUCAUGCACGUGAUUGGAAUUUUUGUUUCAAUAUCAAUACUGUGUUUCUAAGCAUUCUUUUAUAUAAUCGCAACCCACAAAAAUUACGAUUAGUUUUUAUAUAUAUACAUAAUCACAACCCACAUAAAUUAUGAUUAAGAUUGAAAUCUAACUUGGGGGUUGUAAAAAUUGUAAAGUUUCCCUAAAUUUCAAUUUAUUUCAAUAACUUGAUUUUGAGCUGUCAAAGGGUCAAACACUAUUUAAAUAUAGCUCAUGUUUGUUGGAAUUGUGCGAUCCAAUUACUCUUUAAUAGAUUAUCUUCGUAAUUAUAGAGUGGCACUCAAUUAAAAUUUAAUUAAUUUUGCCUUACCAAGCCCUGCCCGAUCACCUCUUGACAACUUGAAUUUUCUUUUCAAAGCCACGCUACAUUAGCCACUCAAAUUUUAAUAUCGAAAAAAAAAAAAAUUUCACAUAGUAAAUUUAGAUAGUUGGGGGUGAAAAGGGAUAAGAUUUGAAAGAAAAGGGCACAAAAGGAAUUUAAAAAAAAAAUUUAAAACAAUCAUGGGUUUUCCACAUAGUUCUCCCCACGUCUGCUUAACUCAUCAUUUUUUUCCUCCCUUCCUGAUAUCAAGAAAAGAUAUCUUCGAAAUAUCAGGGAGGGAAAAAGUUUCGACUUUUGAUUCCAGAAAAGAAAACCCAAGAGAAAUCCAGCUAAGGAAGAACAAAAAUAUCAUCCACAGCCCACGAAUUCAAACUCAAACGUCAUAAUUUUUUAAAAUUUGACAAAGAGGUGUGCGUGAGAUUGGUGUAAUUUGAUUGGUAUUUUGUUUUUCAUAGGCAUGCAUUAAUCUUUGUGGUUGCCCGUUUCAAUUAUGAAAUUCUGUGCGUUUCCACAUUGUAAUUCUCCAAUUAAUUCAUGUGAAUUAAUUGGCAAAGUUGGGUAAAAAUACCCUCUACAAGAAGGGGUGAGGUUCUAAAAUUCCAAGGAAUUGGUUGGUUUAAAGGGAUUCAAGAGGAGAGAGUCCUUGAAAUUCGAUGAAAUGAGAAGAGGAGAAUACGGAUGGGAUGGUGAUUCAGAGAGAAAUGGAAUUGAGAAGAGCUGGUUAUGUGGUUGUUUUUGUAACUAUCCUUUGUGCAUUGGCAAUUGCGAGUUCAGAAGGCAGAAGGAAGACAGUCGAAAUGGUUCUUGCCAAUCCCCCCAAUUGCCAUUUCACAUCCUCAGAUAUGGGCAAGAAGGCAUGCAUGAAAGAAUUAGCAGAGAAGGAAUACGAAGCUGAAGAAUUUGUUCAUUGCAUUAAAAAAAAAAACAUGGGUAAAGAAUCUAUAAGAAUUCCACCACCUGACAUGAAACAAGAUUUGUUCGAUUGUUUAAGAAAGAAAACUAUGCUUUCUCGUGGUUCUGAACCAAGUUCUGGCGUAUUUGAUCGAUUUAGCAAACCAAUUGAGUUGUUCUUCGGUGGAGAGUCCAAUAUUCAUAUGAGACAUCUAAUUAGAGUAUCGCAAGAUUCAUCAGAACCAGACCCUGAUGAAGCUCCAUCUCCAUCUCCAUCUCCAUCUCCAUCUCCUGAAGCAGAAUCACUAGCAAAUUCUCCAUCACCGUCUCCCAGUCAUGCUCCAAUGCCAUCACCAAGUCAUGCCCCAACCAAGUCUCCAUCACGAAAGCGCCGUCCACCUGUUGAGGCUCCAGAGCCGUCUGCGGAACCGCCACCGGACGACACCGAUGUUUCGGAUUUGCCUAAACCUUCUGUAGUUCGCUCACCACCUCCCCCACGUGCUUCUCCCAAGUCUCGCCCUCCAAAGAAGCGUGGAGAUGAAGAUGAUAACCAGACAAUCAUAAUUGCCGGUAUUAUAGCAGCUGGUGUGGGAGUUGUUCUUGUGGUUGCUUUGCUUGUGUUCUGCCGUGGUAGAGGUGAAAAAAGUAAGGUUGAUCCGAAGGAUGGGCAAAAGGAUGAGAGACCUCUCUUAAACAUAUCUUUGAGCGAAUUAUCAGCAGGUUCUUCACAGAAGUCAUACAGCCUUGGAAAUUCAGCUACCAAAGAGGUAAAUGCUGAUAGUGGAACUAAACCACCCCCAUUGGUUGGCAACUUAUCAACGAAUCCUGAAAAUGCUACCUCUAUAGCUGAGGCUCCGACAUCUGAUGGCAAAUCAUCAGCAAUGCCGCCUCUAAAACCCCCUCCUGGAAGAUUAGAUUCUCAGCCUCCUCCUCCACCUCCACCAGCACCAGCACCGGCAACGGCACCAGCGGCAGCACCUCCACCACCUCCACCACCUGCUCCUAGAGCCCCACCACCACCACCCCUGAAAGUUGGCCGACCCCCACCUGCACCACCGACGGCAAUCCCUGGUAAAUCUCAAGCAGCGGCUGUGGGGCCACAUCGGCGUGGACCUAGUGGCUCAAGUAUGGAUGCGGAUUCAGGAGGCCAAAAGACCAAGUUAAAGCCCUUUUUUUGGGAUAAGGUUCUUGCUAACCCUGGGCAAUCCAUGGUCUGGCACGAGAUUAGUGCUGGCUCAUUCCAAUUCAAUGAGGAGAUGAUGGAGUCCUUGUUUGGAUAUACAGCAGCAGAAGCUAACAAAGGUGACCGCAAGAAAGAUACAAUUUCAGACCCUUCAGUACAGUACAUUCAAAUCAUCGACGCUAAGAAAGCUCAAAACCUUUCAAUUCUCCUACGAGCACUGAAUGUGACAACAGCAGAAGUUUUGGAUGCCCUUGAAGAAGGAAAUCCUGAUCUUCCAGCAGAGCUUCUACAAACCUUGUUGAAGAUGGCACCAACAACAGAAGAGGAACUGAAACUGAGAUUAUUUUCAGGGGAUCUUUCUCAGCUAGGUCCAGCAGAACGAUUCCUCAAAGUGUUGGUGGAUGUUCCUUUUGCUUUUAAACGAUUAGAGUGUCUUCUCUUCAUGCUAUCAAUGUCUGAAGAUGUCAAUAACAUUAAGGAGUCAUUCGCUACUCUAGAGGUCGCCUGCAACAAUCUUAAAAACAGCAGGUUGUUUCUCAAGCUAUUAGAAGCAGUUCUCAAAACUGGCAAUCGAAUGAACGACGGGACGUACCGUGGCGGUGCUCAGGCGUUCAAGCUCGAUACGCUCCUGAAACUGGCGGAUGUAAAAGGAACCGACGGCAAGACCACACUCUUACACUUCGUCGUACAGGAGAUUAUUCGUUCGGAGGGCAUACGAGCAGCCCGCUCUGACAGACACAGCCGGAGUUCAUCCAGCAUAAUAUCCAGCGAUACAAUUUUCGAGGACUUCACCGACGAUUCGACAGAACAUUAUCGACAAUUAGGGCUUCAGGUGGUUUCUGGUUUGAGCACGGAACUCCAAGACGUUAAAAAAGCGGCUGCCAUAGAUGCGGAUGGGCUAACGACGACGAUAUCGAAACUUGGCCAGUCUCUGUUAAAAACCAAAACAUUUAUAAACGCCGAGAUGACGAAUUUAGACGAAGAAAGCAAAUUCCACAAAUCGUUGUCGAAAUUUUUGGAAGGAGCCGAAGCGGACAUUUCAUGGAUUGCAGUAGAAGAAAAGAAGAUAAUGGCAUUGGUGAAGAGCACAGUGGAUUACUUCCAUGGAAAUUCUGGAAAGGAAGAAGGAUUGAGAUUGUUUACGAUUGUACGCGAUUUCUUGAUUGUGUUGGACAAGACCUGUAAACAAGUGAAAGAAGCAGCUGAGGCUGCGGCGAAGCAAGCGAAAAAUUCCAAGAAAGAAACUGCGACACCGUCGGCUAAUUGUCAGCAGAAUUCAGAUCUGCGGCAGCGGCUAUUCCCGGCGAUUGCAGAACGACGGAUAGAUGAUGAUUCAAGUUCUUCAGACGAAGACGAUGGCGAGAGUUCAUCAUCUUCAUCAUCCUAGAUUCCGUUACACUGAAAUUGGUUUUAUUUUACGAAUGGGAAUUCUUCUUUGAAUGAAAUGAAAGAAAAAUCUUCUCCGAACUAUUCUGUGGCGUAAUUUUACGAGCAGAGUGUCGUGUAAUAGAAUCCGGUUUCUACUAACGAUUUGAUCCUCUUCCCUUCCGUGACUAUAUUUUAUCGUGGGUCACUGUAGGAAUGGUAAAAUCUUUGGUGGAAUUC